AUGAACGAAGUUGGUCCGUCUUUGGUGACAACUUAUGCUUUCAAAAGUGGCAAAGAGUACGUUGUGAAGAUAAAAGUUACUGCUUUUAAAGAAUGUCAUCGCAAUUUGGAGCUGACUGUUACCGAUAAAUAUACCGGCGAGAAUUGGCGGUCCUCUUACGAUGCUGCAUAUAUCGAAAACUUGACCCACAAAACGGGGAAUUACAAACAUUUCGAUGUGUUCGUGGCUAUGCUACAGUCUGGAUUAUUAAAAACAAGCGAAUCUAUUACCCUGGAUCUUCUCACGUUUGAAGAUUUAGAAUUGCUACGCGCGCGCAGACUUGAACGUAAUUCGUGUUCAAGCUUGGGUAACGCAACAAAUAAUCGUCGAUACCUUAUAUUAACAUACACAGUAGAAUUUGAUAGAAUCCAUUACCCAUUACCACUCGAAUAUUGUGGUUUACCUGAUCCAGUGAUAUUGCAAUCUACCAUUAGAAGAUUACAAGUUGAAAUUGAAAGAUUGCAAUCCACUGGAGGAAACAAAAAUCUGCAAAGGCGUAUUGAGCAACUCACAGCUGCAAAUCAAAGACUUGUUCAAGAGAAUCAAAGACUUACCAGUGGAGGAAAAGGUUUGAGACAUUUAUUGGGGUCUAUCAAAUCAUUAGAGAACAAUGUUGCUAAGGAACGUGCAUCUUUUAGAACACAAAUACAAAAACUUAAAGCAGAAAAUGCAGCUCUGUUGUUGAAAGUACAACAGCUCACUGAGUCUGCUGGUAGAAAACCUGGAGAUGGUAGCCCAGCAUUAAAACGCUAUAAUCGUUCUCCUUCUAUAAGAUCAAAUUGUUCAAACAGUAGACAAAGUAGAAGUCGAUCUUCUUCAAUUUCUAGUCGUAUUAAAACUUCUAGAUCUAGUUUAUCACCAGGCAGUUCAAUGGAAUCUCUUAGAAUUCGCAGAUCUCCUUGUCGAAAUAUGAAACUGUAUAACAAAACAAAGGAUUCAAAACUUGACCUUGAAAAUUUGGAGUCACGAAUUCAUACGUUACAGAAAAUGUUAAAAGAAGGAAUAAAUCUGAAUUAGGAAGUGAAUAAAUUGGAAGAUUUUCUAUAAAACAUGCAUUACUAAAUGUAUAUUU